AUGCAUCUCUUCUUCCCUUCUUUUUUUCCCUUUUCAUUUUUUGCUUUCUUCUUCUUCUUCUUCUUCUUCUUCUUCUUCUUCUUCUUCUUCUUCUUCUCUCUCUCUCUCUCUCUCCAUAUUUUUUUGUUCAUUCUUCUUCUUCUUCUUCUUCUUCUUCUUCUUCUUCUUCUUCUUCUCUUUUUCUUCUUCUUUUCCAUAUUUAUUCGUUUUUUUAUUCUCUUUCCUUCUUCUUCGCCUACUUUUCUUUCCCAUCUCUGCUUGCUUUGUUUUUCUUUUUCACCUUCUCCCUCUAUUUCAUCAUCUCCUCUGCCCCUCUCUGCAUCCUUCUUUUUCUCCUUCUCCCUCUAUUUCAUCAUCUCCUCUGCCCCUCUCUGCAUCCUUCUUUUUCUACUUCUCCCUCUAUUUCAUCAUCUCCUCUGCCCCUCUCUGCAUCCUUCUUUUUCUCCUUCUCCCUCUAUUUCAUCAUCUCCUCUGCCCCUCUCUGCAUCCUUCUUUUUCACCUUCUCCCUCUAUUUCAUCAUCUCCUCUGCCCCUCUCUGCAUCCUUCUUUUUCUCCUUCUUUCCCAUCUUUGCUUGCUUCCGUUGUUAUCGCUGAUCGUUCCCCAUUCCUAUCGCCAUUUGCCCUAUUUGUCCCUUUCUUUCUUUCUUUCUUUCUUUCUUUCUAUUAUUGUUUUUCCUCUUCUCUUUAUAUUAUUCAAUCUUUCUUUUUGUCCUCGGGUUUUUACCUUUCAUUCGGAGAUUCAACAGGUUUGUCGUACACUUAAACUGACAUCACAUCCACUGCCUCACUUCUCUUUCAAUCUAUCUAUCUAUCUAUCUAUCUAUCUAUCUAAUUUUAUUCAUAUCUAUCUAUCUAUCUAUCUAUCUAUCUAUCUAUCUAUCUAG